AUGGGGCAUCUUCUUCUCAGCUUAACAUCCCCAAGAGUGCGAGCAUUUUACCGUGUUCGCCACCGUUUACUCAUUAUAUUCUUUAUCGCUGCACUUCUCUACCAGCAACACUAUUCCCUAGUCAGCCGAGAAGCUCUACGAGCGAAAUACGUCCCGACCAAGUUCGACCUAAGAGCGAAAUCCGUCGCGACCAACUUCAACCUACGCAUCCACAAUCGGCACAUGUACUCAUGGGGACCGGAAAAUGAAGAUCCACAAUUCAUAGCCAAUCUCUUAGACAACCGCAAGCAUUGGAAGCUUAUGGGAAACGGCUGGGAGGGACGUGUGUAUGUCUACAAGGACUCUGUAAUUAAGACCUUUGACACAGUACGAAGUCCUUUCCGAAACUGUGCUCCUCCUAGCUAUCCAAUCGAUAGAUGGCCAACAGAAAUACCCGCGACUCUCUACUUUGGAGGCUCUACUUCGACUGCUGCCAAUGGAACUGACGAUGAUGGAAAUGCAAAGCCAAGAUACAAAGGCUUCCUCCCCGUCAAGGCCCACUUCAUAGCAUCCAACUCGCCCGGAAGUCCAGAAGAAUGGCACCUAGUCACCCCUCUAGCAGAAGGCGGUGACCUUCUCACACUCGCCCAGAAGCUCUCCACCGACCCAAGCAUCAAAUCCUACCGCACCGUCGAUGUCCUCUACCGCCCCGCAUUCAACCGCUUCCUCUCCAUCCUAGCCGCUGUCCACAACGCAGGCUACUGCCACGACGAUGUCAAGCCCACCAACAUAUUCCUCCAAAGCCCCUCAGACUGGCUCCUCGCUGACCUAGGCAACGUCCGCGAAGUGGGCCAUCCCUACCACACUUCGCGUAUCUGGAGAGACAGCAAGCAAACUCCUGAUUGUCGGUCCAACGAUGUUGUAAGGGCACUGAAAUCAUACCUUAAGUUUCUGCAGCAGUCAAUACCUAAUCAAGACAAUUUUAACACUGCGCUGUUACAAGGCGAAGAACCGAUUAGCAAGCUCUUUUGGUGGGCAAUGGCGGAUGAAGAGGGUAUAAGGGCGGAGGAGCUGCAGCGUCGCUCGUUGGCUGAGGACCCGGAAGCCAUACCAACGCCUGAUACACGGCAUCGCGUGCGUAUUCCGACGCGGACGUCUGCGUUGUUGACGUGGGUGGCGAAUCCUAGAUUCACGAGAUAUGCGGUUAAUUACUCGCUUUGGACUACGUUGACGGAGGCGAGAGCGAGGAUUUGGGGGUUGGUCUGGUUGAUUGAUAUGCCGCGGAUGCAGAGUUGUGAAAUUUGA